CACACACUCGAUUCGAUUCGGCGGAGACUCCAACUCCCUUUUGUUGUCGACACCAAAACAGAUUCUCCGGUGGUUGGUUUAACGGAAGUGCGAACCACGUUGGUGUAUCUGAUCAUUUUUUUAAAAAAACUUUACGAAAUUACCCUUUCUUGGCUUUGAUCGACGGGAAUAUUUCCCCAUCAUAUGCGCUCACGUUUUUGUUUUGGAGUGUCAGUCUCACAAUUUUUCCUGAAAGAAACUAUUGGGUAAAGGAAGGAAGAUGAAGGCGUUAGGGUAUUGGUUAAUGGUGGUUGGUUCACUGAGACUAGCUUCUGUUUGGUUUGGUUUCUUCAACAUCUGGGCUCUUCGUCUCGCUGUCUUCUCUCAGACCACCAUGAGUGAAGUUCAUGGACGUACAUUCGGAGUAUGGACACUCUUGACCUGCACUCUCUGCUUUCUUUGUGCAUUCAACCCUGAAAACAAACCAUUAUACUUGGCUACCUUUCUAUCAUUUAUCUAUGCCUUAGGCCAUUUUCUGACCGAAUACCUCUUUUACCACACGAUGACCAUCGCGAAUCUUUCAACUGUGGCCUUCUUUGCAGGCACUUCGAUUGUGUGGAUGCUCGUGGAGUGGAAUUCCCUUGAACAACCACACACCAAACUUUCAUGAUGUUAGUCUGAAUGCCUGUAGCCAAGUCUUUUUUUUUUCUUUUCUCAAAGUUGGAAUCAUCAGUGACUUUUUUGCUCGAUUCCUAAAGCUGUUUCUCAUUGUUUCAUCUUAAUCUUUUUGAAAUAUUUGAUGGAGUCUUGAACCUGAUAUCUGGUCGAAUUGAAGUAUGAGAAUACAUACAACUCAUGAAUUUUCUGUUU